AUGAUUAAUGGAUCAUUAGAAUCCACUCAUAGAGAGCUUUUGAAUGAGACUGGUCGUGAUCAUAGUAGUGAUAUACAUCAACCAAUUGAAUCUUCUGUAAGUUCAACCCAAGUGCUAAAGACUACUGUGGUGAUUAAAUGUGAUACUCCGAUUCAAGAAUAUGAAGCUGAAGCCGACCUUAAUGUCAUUUCUAUUUCUGAUGAUGAAUUAGGACCAGCAUUUGAUGAUACACUCAAUGAUUUUAGCAUUUCUGGGCCUUUCAAAUUAGAUUAUAGUACAAUUAUGGAUAAUUCUGAAAAGAUUUGUGAUGAUGAUCAUGAAAUAGAAACAGAACGUGACAUACGCCCAUUUCAGAUAUAUUCUUUAACCAUGUACAUUCUUAAAAUUUGAAACAAUUGUAUUUUAUUCUUGAAUGGGUUCCCACCUUGUUAUGGUUGUGUCACCAGGGGCGCUAUGUCAACGGAAACUUAGUACGUUGAUCGCUUAAAAAUCCG